AAUUCAACAAACAAAGCAAAACUCAAACACUUUUCUUGAACUUGAUUUCAAGAAAGUGAGAAAAGAAAAAAAAACAAAAAAAAAGUGUUCUCAUUUCUUUCUUUUUAGUUUCUAAUGGCGGCCUCUGUGGACAACAGGCAAUUCCACCUUGAACCCACCUUAAACGGCGUCGUUCGUCCUUUCAAAUCCGGUCCAACCCACCGGUCUGAUUCUCCCAUUCGAAACGGCUUCAACUUCACUAACCAAGAUUUCACUCGCAGCAGCUCCAACAAGAAACCAACUCCUAUAAUGGAUGAUGAUUUUUCCAGCGAUGACGAUGAAGCUGAUUAUGGUGAUCUAAUACGCAAAGGCAACAGCGAAUUACAGCCUUCCAUUUUGGACCCAAGAGAUGAAGGAACCGCUGAUAACUGGGUCGAACGUCACCCGUCCAUGAUCCGUCUCACGGGUAAACACCCAUUUAACUCUGAGGCUCCAUUGACGCAACUCAUGCACCACGGCUUCAUCACUCCAGUCCCGCUCCAUUACGUCCGUAACCACGGACCCGUCCCAAAGGCUAGCUGGAAAGACUGGACCGUUGAGAUUUGCGGGCUGGUUAAGAAACCGACCCGAUUCACCAUGGACCAGCUGGUAAACGACUUCCCGAGCCGGGAAUUACCGGUCACUUUGGUUUGCGCGGGGAAUAGAAGAAAAGAGCAGAAUAUGGUUAAACAGACCAUAGGUUUUAAUUGGGGUGCAGCGGGAGUUUCCAACUCGGUGUGGCGCGGCGUACCAUUACAUUUUGUGCUGAAGCGAUGUGGGAUCUACAGCCGUAAAAAGGGAGCCCUCAAUGUGUGCUUUGAAGGGGCUGAGGAUUUGCCAGGUGGCGGUGGGUCCAAGUAUGGGACCAGUAUCAAGAAGGAGUAUGCCAUGGAUCCAUCUCGUGAUAUAAUCUUGGCUUACAUGCAAAACGGUGAGCUUUUGGCGGCGGAUCAUGGUUUCCCUGUUCGAAUGAUUAUUCCCGGCUUCAUUGGUGGCAGAAUGGUGAAAUGGUUAAAAAGAAUUAUUGUCACUACAAAAGAAUCUGAUAACUAUUAUCAUUACAAGGAUAAUCGAGUUCUUCCUUCUCAUGUUGACGCUGAGCUUGCUAAUGCUGAAGCAUGGUGGUAUAAGCCGGAAUAUAUCAUCAACGAGUUGAACAUAAACUCGGUGAUAACGACACCGUCCCAUGAAGAGGUCUUGCCUAUUAACUCGUGGACAACUCAGAGGCCGUAUACGUUGAAGGGUUAUGCAUAUUCCGGUGGUGGGAAGAAAGUGACACGAGUUGAAGUGACUAUGGAUGGCGGUGACACUUGGCAAGUGUGCUCCUUAGAUCAUCCUGAGAAGCCUAACAAAUAUGGCAAAUACUGGUGCUGGUGCUUCUGGUCAUUGGAAGUUGAGGUUCUGGACCUCCUUGGAGCCAAAGAGAUUGCUGUUCGGGCCUGGGAUGAGACCCUUAACACCCAGCCGGAAAAGCUCAAUUGGAAUGUUAUGGGAAUGAUGAACAAUUGCUGGUUCCGGAUAAAAACAAAUGUAUGCAAACGACACAAGGGUGAAAUCGGUAUUGUCUUCGAGCACCCCACCGUGCCGGCCAACCAGUCCGGCGGAUGGAUGGCCAAAGAAAGACACCUAGAAAUAUCAUCAGAAAACCAUCCCAUCUUAAAGAAAAGUGUUUCAACACCUUUCAUGAAUACUUCGUCAAAGACAGUUUCAAUGGCUGAGGUCAAGAAACACAAUUCCGCUGAUUCUUGUUGGAUAAUUGUCCAUGGCCACGUCUAUGAUUGCACUCGCUUCCUAAAAGAUCACCCUGGCGGCACUGAUAGCAUUCUGAUCAAUGCAGGCACUGACUGCACUGAAGAAUUCGAUGCAAUCCAUUCUGAUAAGGCCAAGAAAAUGCUCGAGGAUUAUCGAAUUGGAGAGCUAGUCGAUUCGACAGCUUAUACAACUGAUUCCAAUGCAUCCUCCCCGAACAAUUCAGUGCAUGGUGCAUCCAAUAUGUCACAAACACCUUUAGCUCCAAUCAAGGAAAUUACACCUACUCCAGCAAGAAAUGUUGCCCUUGUUCCACGAGAAAAAAUCGCAUGCAAGCUGGUGAAGAAAGAGUCACUUUCACAUGAUGUGCGUCUCUUUCGAUUUGCAUUACCAUCCGAUGAUCAAGUGUUAGGGUUACCAGUUGGGAAACACAUUUUUCUGUGUGCUACUAUUGAUGAAAAGCUAUGCAUGCGAGCUUAUACGCCAACUAGCACCAUUGAUGUGGUGGGGUACUUUGAUCUUGUGAUCAAGGUUUACUUCAAGGGCGUUCAUCCAAAGUUUCCUAAUGGAGGGCUCAUGUCUCAGCAUCUGGACUCACUACAGCUCGGGUCUGUAAUAGACGUGAAGGGUCCUUUGGGUCAUAUCGAGUAUGCUGGGCGUGGCAAUUUCAUGGUUCAUGGCAAACCCAAAUUCGCCAAGAAGCUAACCAUGUUGGCAGGAGGAACAGGAAUAACACCAAUUUAUCAAGUAAUUCAAGCUAUUCUGAAAGAUCCAGAAGACGAUACAGAGAUGUAUGUGGUGUACGCUAAUCGUACGGAAGAUGAUAUUUUGUUAAGAGAAGAGCUUGAUUCCUGGGCAAAAGAGCAUCAUGAAAGAUUAAAGGUAUGGUAUGUUGUCCAAGAAUCUAUCAAGGAAGGGUGGCAAUAUAGUGUUGGGUUCAUCACAGAAAAUAUCUUGAGGGAGCAUGUUCCCGAAGGAUCAGAUGAUACUCUUGCUUUGGCUUGUGGACCUCCACCUAUGAUUCAGUUUGCUGUCCAGCCAAAUUUAGAGAAGAUGAACUAUGAUAUCAAGAAUUCAUUGCUAGUAUUCUAGAGGACGAGAAGGAGAUGAUCAAGAAAAAUUCUUAGAAUAUUCCCAGAUUGUAUAUAUUUAUACUACUACUUAUAUUCGUUUUUUUUUUUAAUAAAUGGUCAUGCUAAUGCCACGUGGCUUCACUUUCUUGUCCUUAGUCCAAGAAAAAGGAAAGACAAAAAUGUUGAAGGGUAUAUGAAGUGGGGUAGAGCAGCAGUCUAUGGGGCAAGAUGUAUCCAUUUGUAGAGAGGCAAAGUCUUCUUGUAUGGUCAGUACAAAUGCUCUUUGUACGCAAAUGUACAUUAGGUUUCAUUUCUCUCAUGUAUAAAUAUCAAUUUUUUUUCUCCA